UAUUGUUCAAUAUAUCAGUAUAACAACACUAACACACACAGAAAAUUAAUAAAUUUUUUUGUCCGUCUCUUUCAAAGGCUCUGCGGGAGUCGUCUCCCUUGGAGCACUCUCUCGCCCAUCUCGUAACAAUGGCAGAAGAAGAAACAGACACAAACAUUCCAGUUGAGGAGGAAUUUAAAGAUCCUCUUGGCGUAACUGCAGAGGAGCAGGGUGAGGACAAAGUCAGAGUGCAAAUUGUGAUUCCAGGCCUAGCCGUCAAGACGAAAUUCUUGAAGAGCUUUUCCAAACAGCCAAGUAAUGCUCUUAUAGAGCCACCAGAGUUCACAGAAUGGGGUUUCAGUGUGAUUGUUAGGAUGAAGGACAAAGGUAAACGUGUUCAGCCAAACUACAGAGCUAGAAUAAAGAAGUUACCAGGACCAAUUGAUCCGGAUCAGUGUUAUCAUGAGGUAAUAUGCAGUGGGUCUGUUUUUCUCUUAAAGUAUAUUUUGGACUUUGCCCAAUAAUUCUAAGCACAUUGAAAUACUUAAACACCAAAUUUUUGCACACCUUAUUAUUGCAAGGCAGACAGUUUUCUUUUUUUUUUUUACUCUAUUAUUCUGCCAUGCAUGUAAAAUAAGAAGUCAUUUUGGACACUUCAUUGUCGCCAAGCUUGUUAAAUGAAAAGAUGUUUUGUUUUAUAAUCUGUUCUGUAUUUUAAUGCUUGUUGCAAUUUAUCACUCAGCUCUUAUAUUAUAAUCAUACACUAGUGUUCAU